AUGGCAAAUAUUUUGGCUGCCAUAAUCGCCAUUGCAGCUGUCGUGGCAGCAUAUUUUUACUACAGACACGUAACAAGCCAUGAUGAUCGUAUUGUUGCAGUCUUGGAGGGUCUGAAGUCUUUGGAAAGAGAAAAUCCAGUGCACGGAAAACCUAAAGUAGCAACUAGUUUUGAAGCUAACGUGGAUUAUUUUGUAGAUUCUCUGGAGUUGUUCGAAGCGUUGAACCUUGAACCGCCCGAGCAAGCCAAACCUCAUGACAUUUUGCGGACUGAGAAAGAAUUUUUGGAAACAUUUGCGUUCUUCUUCAAUCAUAGCGCAGCAUCAUCGUAAGUAUUGCAUCUGAACUUUUAUGCUCAGGUCCUGUACACUGAUUAAUGGAGAUCUCUUAGAAUCGUCGAUGAUUUCAAUUUUACUGCGCUGGUAUCUUUCCAGGAGAGGGUUACUUUACUUCUGCGGGGUGCGUAGUCAAUCCUUGAAUUAAAUUACCCGCGUAUUACAAAACUGUUCAUAUGAUUAGGUAAACCAGUAAUCAGUUUCGAAAAAAACUGACGCUGUUGCAGUUCUAUACCUUAAAACUUUGGGCCUGAGUUAGGGUGGAGUACAAGCAAAUUUCCAGGAUAGAGCUGUUUAAUGAACAACUGGGACUUUGAACCACCUUACUGCUUUAAGUCCCUGGACUAACCCUACAUUCAGGCUUUACCUUAGCUUAACUCUUUCUCCACUUGAAGAAAAAAUAAGAAAUUCAAAUUAAAAAAAGAAAGCUUUAAUUAAUUACUGGUUGAUUCAAUGGGCCACUUGUUCUCAUGUUGUUUUUAAUUUGAAAUUAACACAUCUUAGCUCAAGCCCCAGUAUUGAUAUACUCAAUAUCUCUUUCUAAUGGAAUUUGAUAAAACAAUCAUACUGAGAACACAUGAAGACCCUUUUUGUUGUUUUGUUUUGGCUACUUUCCCACAAGGUAGAGAUAGGAUGUGUGAACCUAUGAGAGAAUGGUCUGAACAAAAUGACAGAGCAAUGGAGAAGUUUCAGAGGAUACUAAUCCAAUUUCAAAGUUGCCCUAAAAGCUUUGUUUCUUGGCCAAUUAUUCAUGUUUUGAAAAGUCUAUCUGGUGCAGGAAUCAUCAGUGGAUGUACCUGCCACCUGAAGGGUGUAUUUGAUAAAUAUCAGGAAACUCUUAUGGGAGCCAGAUGAAAUCCUUGGAUUUACCUUGGAUGGAUUAGUAUUCCAUCUUGAAGGAGUGAAAAUUCACCUUGUUGCUUCAUUUUUCUAAGUUGGGAUAAUCUGUGAUAAUCUGAGGGUCAAUAUCCUCUAAUCAGGGUAUAUUAAGUAAUAUUACCUUGUAAGUAAUGCUGAACCUAAGUCUUAAGUCUAAGAUACACUCAAUGUUAAAUAGUGCUUAGACUGGUCAGUUUGUCUAGAACUUACAACCUUGUUUCAAACUCUAAGGGCAGUAGAUUUUUUUCAGUGAGUUUUGAUCAACCCUACAAUCAAACUGAAACAAUUUUUUUUUUAACAUUUUACGGAGUGACAGAGAUACAUAGGUUAUCAAGAUGUUUGUUUUGAGGUGGUAUUUUUCAAAAAUUUUGUUUAUGGGAAGAACGGAACUCACUCAAAAUAUUGGAAUAUGAAAAUCCACUCUUGACCCUCUAUGUUCAUAUUAUUAUUUGAACAUUAAUUAAUGUUCUUUAGAAAAGGUCUGCAUUUGAGAAACAAUGAACAAUGCCUUUUUUUUUUUUUUUAGCCGCUACAUGACAGACAAAGAUCUUUUUCGGAAGUUAGUCCUCAAAUCCCAGGAAAUUGAAGGAACUCGUAAACUAAUUGGUGGCAGUGGAUUACAAAUUGGUAAACGCCUUGCCUUUGAAGGAUGUCAUGUUCUUUCAGCUGCUGAUUCAAGUUCAGAAUUACUGGAGAUAUUGCCAGAGAAUUUAACAGCAGUGGGGAACAUUGUAGAGGUUGAUGAUGUCCAUUUGUUGUUGGAAUAUCCUGCACAUUUCCCUUGGGGAAAGUAUGAGUCCCAAAGAGCCAACAGACUAGUUUUACACAGCGAUGAACACAAUCCAUAUCUGAAGUCAAUGGAAAAAUUUCAGGAGAAAGUAAAAGACUUUUCACCGGCAGUUAUGGUUGUAUCAGGACUCCAUAUGUUAGAUAACUUUCCUGGCUUUAACCCUGGGGACAGUGGUGAAAUAUUGAAAAAACUAUCGUCUUUUCUUGACACAUUGAAAGUUCCAAUCCACUUUGAGAUGGCCCCAUUCCAUCAAGAAACGUUCUUUGAUGAACUUUUGCAGUAUGUUGUUCCUUAUUCAAGUAGUAUGGGUAUGAAUGAACAGGAACUGCCUAACUUGUGGAGCAAGCUGCUCUAUGGAAACAUAACAGUUGUUUCAAGUCAGAAACCAAGGGUUGCAAAAGUACUGGAUCUCAUGAGAGAUGUGUACAAGACCUCAAAAAAGGAUUAUGGAAAAAGAAGGAAGAGACCACUGACAAGACUUCAUGUCCACACAUUGGCAUUUCAAGCAAUUCUAACCAGGAAAGGAUCAAACUGGAAACACACCAAGGCAGCUGCGGCAAAGGCCUCUUUGACAGCGACACGUCAUGUGUGUGGCUCAGAAGAAAUUGAUCCUGACAAAUCUAAAUUGUUUAUGGAUGAGUCAUUUUCUAAAAGUAUAGUUCCAGGCAGUCCAAAAGUUGAAUUCAAUGCCAAUUUGCCUGUUUCUUGUUGGGUUGAAGAUGAUUAUGAGAUAUGUGUUGCUCCAGUGUUAGUUUGUACCCAAGUAUUGCAGACAGGAGGUGGCGGAGACCAUAUUACUGCUGGUGGCCUGGUACUACAGAUUUAGACCGGGGACAAUUUGUGUUAUAAAUUUUAAUUUUUAACAGGGUUUUCAGUUGAACUCAGUUAUUGGAACUAUACCACCACUCAUAAGGCCUUAAUUACUGCUGCCUGUGGAUUUUAUGUGCAAUUUUUGUUGUAGAGAACUUAAAUUACAAAUCCAUCUCCUCUACUAACAGUAGGCACUCGUGAAGGCAGUUCAUGAAGCCCUUUCUUUAAUUCAUUGGGCAUAAUUGUAAAACACAGAUAUGAACUUGAAAGCACCUAGACAUGCAGUCGUAACAUGUACAUAUUAGCAACCAUAAAAUUCUGAGGCAAAUGCUCAGAUAAUAGUAAUCUCCUUCAUAGUCAUUUGUUGGGAUGUCAAUCAACAGCCCUCUUAUCACUAGAAGAGAGAAGAAAUAUUUUCACCAUAUGCUUAAUGAAUGUUCUAAUUUGUUUGAAAUGAAUGGUGAUAUUCAAAUUCUGUUGAGAUCAAAUCACUGAAUAGAUAAAGUAAUGAACUCAAGUCUUGCAUAGUGAAUGAGUAAGUUGUUUUGCAGUUCAAAAAUGGCAUAUUUCUGAAAUGGGUUGAUCAGCAAUAAGUGUGAUGAGUGUAACUUUUUUAUCUGAUCAAACCAAAGAUAUAUGGAAUGCAAGGGUGGUUUUUUCUAAGGUUAACUAAAAAGGAGUGAAAUCCACAUUCAUCUCUGGCCAUAUGGCCCAUUAAUUAAUUAAUUUAUUUAUUUUUCAUGGUGAACCCCAUCAUUAAAAAGUAUUGUUGGAUAGCAAUUAGAACGUUUCAAUGCAAGUGUAAGACACAAAAGUAAAUUAAGAGCUCACCCCAUCACAUCAAUAUUUUAAAUAAUGCUGAAUAAAGAGAUAUUCAACAGCUAUUCAUUGAAGUGGAGGUGGCUAGUGGUGGAUAUUUACUAAGCAGUGAAGAGGCAAGGUGUAUUGCAAAUAUCCAACACUGGUCUUAAUAUAGCACAAAAAUAUGAUUUUAACUCAUUUAUUCCUGCAAUGGUUACACUACUUUUUGACGCAAAUCCUGUUUGCCAAUACUGGGAGGUAAAUAGCAAAGGAUAUUUGGAACAUGAGUAGCCAAUCAGAGCAUGCUUUCUAUACUAUCUGUUAGUUUGGUAUAUAAUGAAUCAUUUUUAUUCAGACAAAUAGCUUUUUUAAAACAAUUAUGAGGUCCUAUGAAAUUAAAACAUACACUGUAAAUUUAGAGUGUGAAAAAAACUUUGUAGCUAUAUGGAUAUUUCAACAUUUCAAGAAAAGUUUGGAAAUGGCGAAGAUCUUGAGUAACCAUAGGUCUAGUUUGAGUGUUAAGUCUAUCGCCCUUUAUUUAGAUGCCAACAACAAAAGUUUAGUGGCUUAUGACCUAAACAAACUUUGUGUCAUGACUUGCUUAAGAGGCA